AUGUCGGCAGGACCAUCAAUCGAUUCACCGCCGGGUGCCAUAGACCAGGAAGGCGACGAUCAGGCGAACCUCAGGGSUUUAGUAGUGACCCUACAGGAGACCAUGCAAGGCUUCACCGAGCUACUUUCCCGCAACUUCCGGGGAGUCGACGACACAAUGUCUCGCGACAUCGUGUCUGCACUUGGCCAGGCUUUCCUUGCUAUCGGUGCGCAAGCCGGCGAAACCCAAAGCAACGCCACGGAAGAGAUGCUGUCGAUAAAGCGCGACCUCCAAAUCAUGCGUGCAGAGCUCCGAGCGAUGAGGGAUAUCAAGGCUGCGAUGGGGGAUUUGGUGGUCUCCACGCAUGCAUUGUGGUCGAAGGACGCGGUGGUCAUUGGAAAUGUGCCAAAAUUGCCUCAACCAUUAUCAGCAYCGACUCAUACAGAUCGCACUACGAGCUGUGAAGAUGGAACAUCAAUCCCAAGUUUCUCGCCGUCAACAGCCCAUAUGGAUGGUGCUGCCGCAAUACGUACCCCAUACCAGGCUGACAUCGUUACUGUUCAGCAGGAGAAUAUUUCUCCCAGCCAGCAGUCCACUGCGUCUCCCCCCUCCUCGUCACCGCCGCACCUGUCAUUGCCAUUUACCCCGAACACCAUCAUCACCACUCCGGCUCAGUGGCAUGACAUUACGCUCGGACAGCAACCCACCGUAUUUGCGCGGCAAGACGAUAUCCCGGCCGGACAGCCGUCAAAUGCAUCUCCCUCUUCAUACUCCCAGCCAACCAUGACAUCUUCGACCGCUGCUACCACGGGCGAGCGUGUUAGUAUUCCCACCACAGGAUAUCAAUCCCUCGCGUCUCUGAGCGGCGUCAUGCCAGCUGCCAUCAUCGUCUGA